GGUUGGUUCGCUUCGGCAGAAUUUCUCCGCUUGGGGAGGCCAACUUUGAAUCUCAACUCCGAAUAAAAAAAGUACAAACGGUAAUUUUUGAACUGCACAUCAUCAAUCGAUCCAGACACGUUUUACACCAGAUCUCUAGAACCGUAAGGACGCGUCGCAUCACUCUCUGCCUCAGAUACACAUACAGAUCCACAUCCGGAUUCUGGUGUCUGUCUCAUGAUACGAAGAAGGAAGACCCAGGAUAUCUGAGGCUGAUCAGAUCUUGAUCGGGAUCUGAUCUGGAACCACCAUGACACGGUUUCGACCUUGUAUCGACCUCCAUGCAGGCCAAGUCAAACAGAUUGUCGGAGGAACCCUGAGCACGAGAGAAUCCGACCUUAAGACAAACUAUAUAUCCCACCAUCCCGCCGAGUACUUUGCGAAGCUGUACCGCGAUGCAGGUCUAGAAGGCGCCCAUGUCAUCAUGCUCGGCCCCGGCAAUGAGGCCGCCGCCAAAGCCGCGCUGGCCGCCUGGCCUGGCCAUCUCCAAGUCGGCGGAGGGAUCACUGAUAACAAUGCGAAGGAAUGGAUCGAAGCCGGUGCUGAAAGGGUCAUUAUCACUUCAUAUCUAUUCCCCAACGGCAGAUUUUCUCCCGAGCGGCUACAGGCCGUGUUGGCGUCUUUGGACAACGAGAAGACCAAGCUCGUCAUCGACUUGAGUUGUCGCCGGAAGGAUGACACGUGGUUCGUCGCCAUGAACAAGUGGCAGACCAUGACCGAGAUGGAAAUCAAUAAAGAGAGUAUUGCUCAGCUCGAACCUUAUUGCUCGGAAUUCUUGAUUCAUGCCGCCGACAACGAGGGCCUGCAGCAAGGCAUCGACACCGAGCUCGUCACCAAACUGGCCGAAUGGUGUUCGAUUCCAGUCACAUAUGCCGGCGGCGCCCGGACUGUCGAGGACCUGGAUCUAGUCAAGAAAUGCAGUUCUGGCAAGGUCGAUCUGACCAUCGGAAGCGCGCUCGACAUCUUCGGCGGCACCGGCGCAAAAUUCGAGGACUGUGUCCGAUGGAACCGGGAUAAUGCAGCGACAUCAUGAUUGAAUGAUUGAUCAAUCUGGGCAAUUUUCAUUGUACAGUGUUCCAGGUUCGCAUAUUACAUACAUUGCAUCUGAGUACUCUUCCAUUUCAGUCCAAGACUGAGUUCAUACAUUUCUCAGAAAACCCAUUCACAAUUUCAGGUUGUGGCUGUCGCUGUUCAGGUCUCUCCAACCCCCUGGCCCAAGAGCAACCAAUUCAUCGUCUGUUCCAAAUCCGCUAUGACUGACGGUCAGGCAUUUUCCCUGCGAUAUCCGACGAAGAUCGUCCACUUUUGAGCUCCGUCUGCCUCUGGGUUUGCGCCUUCAUCUUCUGCCUGUUCCGUGUCUCCUCCAAUCUCGCCACCACUUUGUCUGUUAUCGUCAAUAGCAGCAGCAGGAGCAGCAUCGGUCUUAUCCAAGUAUUGCUUUUCUGACAUGGUUCGCUUGCUCUCGAAUUCGUCUUCACGUUCACUGACAAACUGGCCGUCCUCCCUGAUCCACUCACCACGCUGCCACUUGCACCAGCCCGCGGCGUUUUUGAGUCCUCGCAUCCUCCAGCGGCGUGUGUCGCGCAUAUGUCUGCUCUUCUGACGGAUGUGCUCAAGGAAGACGUCCCAGCCUGUCUCGGAGGCAAAUGAGCGGUCAGGAUUGCGUAGGGCGUCAGCAAUGGAGAGUGGAUUAUUGUAUGCCGCAAG